UGUUAUUUUAUCUUUUAAUUUUUCAUCAAUUUUCUAUAAUAACUUUUGGAUACUGUAAAACUUUUUCUUCUGUUUGAUUGCUAAAUUCCACAUUCACUGUGUGCGACGGCCAGUGUUUCAUGGAUGAACGCCACGGCCGCCAGAUGCCUCGCCGGAAGGUUAAACCGACCUUUUCCUCAUUCCAUCUUUCCCAUUAGAGCAUUCUAUGGGAACUCACUUUCUCCACCACCCCAAGAGAGGAAUCCAUUCCUGGACAAUGCAGCGAGCAUAAGCCUUCAACUUUCAUAUUGUGGGAAAGAGGGAAAUCUUCGUCUGGGAAACUGCAUUCACGCAUUCACAAUCAAGACCCCAGUACUCGCUGAUUUGUAUAGCCAAAACUCCAUUCGAGUUCUGAACUCUAUCCUCGCAAUGUACGCCAGGUGCGGCGAAUUACAUGACGCAGUCAAGGUGUUUGAGAAUAUGCCUGUGAGAGACACGGUCUCGUGGAACUCAAUGAUUUCGGGUUUUAUAAGAAAUGGGGAGCGUGAAAUGGGAUUUGAGUAUUUUAAGGAGUUGAUGAGUUUGGGGGUUGGCUUGUUUGAUCAUGCUAGUUUGACUACCAUUUUGUCAGCCUGUGACAAGGCUCAACUUCUUUCCGGUAUCAGGAUGGUACAUGGAUUGGUGUUCUUGAGUGGUUAUGAGAUGGUGGUUUCGGUGGGGAAUGCUUUGGUCACUGCUUAUUUUCGGUGCGGGUGUUUAGACUCGGGGAUGCGAGUUUUUAAUGAGAUGGUUGAGAAGAAUGUUAUCACUUGGACAGCUGUUAUAUCCGGGCUUGCGCAAAAUGAGUUUUGUGAGGAAAGUUUGAGACUUUUUGAUGAGUUUCGGAGGGAAUCUGUUGGCUCUAAUCACCUGACAUAUCUGAGUGCAUUAUUGGCAUGCAGUGGCAUCCAAGCCCUCAUGAAAGGCAAGCAGAUUCAUGCAAUUGUUUUGAAAUUAGGGUUUCAGCCAAAUCCAUCCAUGGAGAGUGCACUCAUGGAUAUGUAUUCAAAAUGUGGCAUUGUAGAGGAUGUUUGGCGGAUAUUUGAGUCUGCUGAGGUGCUUGACAUUGUCUCUCUGACAGUCAUCCUUGUAGCCUUUGUCCAAAAUGGAUUCGAAAAAGAUGCUCUGCAAAUUUUCAUCAAAAUCAUUAAAUCCGGAAUUGAUAUUGACGCAAAUUUGUUGUCGUCCAUUCUUGGAGUUUUUGGUAGUGAUACACUUUUAAAUCUUGGAAAACAAGUUCACUCACUUAUAAUUAAGAAAGGCUUCUUGACCAAUCCUUUCAUUGGAAACGGAUUAAUUAACAUGUACUCCAAGUGUGGUGAAUUGCAUGAAUCUGUCAUAGUUUUUGAUCAGAUGCAUCUAAGGAAUCCGGUUUCAUGGAAUUCUUUGAUUGCAGCUUUUGCCCGACACGGUAAUGGUUUUAGAGCACUUGAUUUAUAUGAGGAGAUGAUAUCUGCUGGUGUUGAGCCAACUGAUGUCACAUUUCUCUCUUUGCUUCAUGCUUGUAGCCAUGUAGGUUUAGUGGAGAAAGGAAUGGAGUUCUUCAAGUCCAUGCAAACAGUGAAUGGAAUGAUCCCCAGGAUGGAACACUAUGCGUCUGUCGUUGACAUGCUCGGAAGGUCAGGUCUUCUGAAUGAAGCAAAAUGCUUCAUUGAGCGGUUACCAACAAAGCCUGAUGUACAGGUUUGGCAGGCACUACUUGGUGCUUGUAGUUUUCAUGGAAAUACUGAUAUCGGAAUGCAUGCUGCCCAGCAGUGGCUUUUGGAUUCACCCGAUAAUACUCCAAUUCCAUAUAUUUUGCUGGCUAAUAUACAUUCCUCCAAAAAGCAAUGGAAAGAGAGGGCAACAAUUAUAAAGAAAAUGAAAGAAACUAGGAUAUCAAAAGAGACUGGGAUAAGUUGGAUUGAAAUUGCAAAGAAAGUUCACAACUUUGUAGUUUGCGAUCAGAUGCACCCACAAUGCGAAACUAUUUAUAGAGCCUUGUUGGAGUUAUAUAGACACAUGGGUGAUGAAUGGCAGGUGCUCAAUAAGAAGCCAUUGUCUCAUAUGGAUUGUGAUGAAUAUGAAAUGUCAAGGAUUUUCAAUGUUUCAAACUAAUCACAAGCCAAUUGAAAUGAUACUCAAGCUCUACAAUGAGCAAUUCUCUGAAGAUUAUCUUGCAAAAAGGUACUGCUUUGUUAGUUGUGGAUCUGAGUCUUUAAAUUGGAGGGAGUUGCCGAGUUGGUUCCCUGGGGAGCACUUACAAGCCGUUGCAGAAAUAAAUGUGUGGAUAUUGAAAAUUGUUUGGGCGUCAAGAUCUUUCACUAUCACAGUCAAUGCAUAUCUGAUGAAAAGAAAUGUGAAACCUGGCCAAAGUUAACUUUGGGAACUUCUCACUCAUUCUGUAAACUG